CCAGUCCUCACAUACCCCUCCCACAUUCCUUAUAUAACACAAUAAUCAGGACUUAAAUCCUUCUCCACACAGGCACAAAGAUCUUUGUGUCCUGAGGGAACAAGACCUACGUUUCCUCCUCUGUGUCAGGGUUCUAAGGGCAAUUCGAUGGGGAGUCUUCCAAGAGUGUCUCUCCUUCUGGUGCUGAAUGUGUGCCUCCUGACUGGUCCCAGUGUCCAGGCCGGGAAGAUUAUGGUGUUCCCAGUAGACGGCAGCCACUGGGUCAACAUGAACCUGUUGAUCCAGAACCUCCAUGCUAGAGGCCAUGAGGUAACUGUGGUCCGAACAGCUACCAGCUGGUACGUCAAAGAAUCUGCACCACAUUACAGGUCCGUCACUGUCACGCUACCACAAGCCAUAGUUAUUGAGAAGGAAGACUUUUUUGUGAACUUUCUCAUCAAGAUGCUGGAAAUAAAGAGGGAAGGAUCUGUAACUGGCUUUGUCAAGUUUUACUGGGAGAUGCUGAAUGCACUGUCUGACAUUCACAAACAAGCCAGCUUAUUGGGAGUGGAAAUAUUUGAGAACAAGACUCUUAUGCAGAAUUUUCGGGACACUCAGUUUGACAUGGUUCUGAUUGAUCCGGGUUUGCCCGUUGGAGUUCUGGUGGCUCAUGAACUAAAGCUGCCAACAGUUUAUAACGUGAGAUGGAUCACCAGUGGAGAAGGCCAUUUUGUUGUGGCUCCGUCUCCAUCUUCGUAUGUUCCAACUUCUGCACACCCUGUGACCGACAAGAUGACAUUUAUCCAAAGAGUCAAAAACAUGUUGUUCUAUUUCCUAAACACGUGCAUUGACAAGUUCAUUGUGUGUCCUCACUACGAUAGACUAGUGGACAAGUACUUUGGUCCAGAUGUGAAGUUCUAUCACCUUCUUCAGGGUGCAGACAUCUGGCUCAUGAGGGUAGACUUUGUCUUUGAAUUCCCCAGGCCGACCAUGCCAAACAUUGCCUACAUUGGUGGAUUUCAGUGCAAGCCCUCCAAGCCUUUAUCCAAAGAGCUGGAUGUGUUUGUUCAGAGUUCAGGAGAGCAUGGUGUCAUUCUGAUGUCUCUGGGCACACUAGUUAAAGGUCUGCCAACAGAUAUCACCUCAGAAAUAGCUGCUGUUUUCGCCCAGCUUCCUCAAAAAAUCAUAUGGAGGCAUCUGGGUGAGCGGCCUAGCAAUUUGGGCAACAAUACCCUUCUGGUGAAGUGGAUGCCGCAGAAUGACCUAUUGGGUCAUCCAAAGAUUAAAGCCUUUGUGGCCCACGGUGGCACUAAUGGUGUCUACGAGUCCAUCUACCACGGAGUGCCCAUUAUCGGCAUCCCCCUUCUGUUUGACCAGUUUGAAAACAUCCUGAGACUUGAAGCACGAGGAGCAGCGAGGGUGGUGGAUGCGGCAAAGCUUACCCGACAGAACUUCCUGGAAGCAGUUCAGGAUGUCCUUAACAAUCCCUCCUACAGAAAUAACAUGAAACGCCUGUCUGCUAUCCAUCGGGAUAAGCCGAUGCAUCCUUUGGACACUGCAGUGUACUGGAUCGAGUUUGUCAUGAGGCACAAAGGAGCCGCACAUUUACGAACAGAGUCUUACAAGAUGCCUUGGUAUUCAUAUUAUUCUGUGGAUGUCAUUGCUUUUAUGUUGGCUAUUUUAUUAAUGCUGAGAGCAGCUGCUGUAGGUUUCAUACGAUUCAUCUGCCUUCAAUUGUGCAUGAAGAGAAAAUCAAAGCAAGAGUGAGUCCUGACAAAUAGAUUCCUGGGUUUUAAAGCUGACUGGGACUAAUAAUGUAAAAAAACAAGAACACACUUUUUUUAUUCUAUGGUGUACACAUCAUAAAAAUAAUUUGUCUUCAGCAGGUUCUAAAAAUAUUGAAUCAGUUCUCAAACAUAUAAAAACUCACAACAGA